AACGUUAAACAUACCUCCAAAAACUGCCACAUCAGCUGAAUUAACCCCCCUGGAUAUGAAAUCUGCAGAACUGCCCCCCCUACCACCUGCAAAGUUGCACAGUGUUACAACCAUUGAAGUCAGUAAAGAUUCAACAAAUGUCGACAUGGAUGGGACACUGACUAACACUACAUAUCCUGUUUAUGCAAGAUCACUUGCAGAAGCAGAGGAGGCAUUGCAUAGAUUUGAAAACGAUACAAAGAACCGAUAUUCGGUUUGGAGAUGCCCCAAAGAUUUUGGAAGUUCUCAAAUUGACGUAACUAACAAAAGGAUCUACUGGCAAGAAUUUGAUAUUGGAGAUAGAAUAACAGUGAAAUCUGAUGGUGUUCCGUUCAUUAUGAUGGGACGGAAAGUUUAUGACUGUCAUUUUGGCAAGGAUAGAAAUGUCAAGCUGAAAGAGAAAUUAAGACUUCAAAGGGAGGAAAUUGUGAAGAAUGAAACUAUAAAGACAAGGAAAAUUCCACCAACAAGGAAACUCGAUUGUCCAGCCAAGGUUGUGUUCUGUGAAAUCAUCUACUUUCCUGAUUUCAAGAUUUCCACCAACACAAAGUAUUAUCGGGGAAUUGUUGCAAAGAAGAUCAAAAAAGGUUUUGCUGCUGGUUCUGUAAACAUGCAAAACAUUGAAAGAAGAAUUUAUAUCUCAUUUCCAACAUCCAAUGAUCACAUAGGACAUCCCACCAGUGUUCAGGGAACGAAUUCCUUGCACAGAGUGGAUCCAAAGAUAUCAAAAAAACUUUCAGAGCUGGUUUUAUCCGGUGUACGAAAUGACAAAGAAAUGAAACAAUGUCUUGAUAUUUACAUCAACCAGGAGCUUUAUCCUGGCAAAGCAAAACCUUUCCAUUCAAACAAGCGUUAUUUCCCAAACACUGGUAUAAUAAGAACAAAGAUGUACAAUGAAUUAGUUUUGCAGAGACUAGUGGUCUUAGAUUUCCCUCAAAUUGAAGAACUCGUCGCGAAGAUAAAAAAUUCUGAUGAUAAAGUUUAUACUCGAAAGUUUGACGGAAUGAGCGAGGUUUUGAGACGAGAUUCCAUCAAUCUUUUAGUUGAAGAAGUUUUAGAGCAUGAACUUCGUGUGAGACAGAAAUUCUCUCAGCAACAGUUCAUUCUCGUUCAUCAAACCUCAUUUCAACGUCAUCUUCUCAAACGCUACGGCAAUCAUGUGUGUUUCCUUGAUCCCGUCUAUAGAACAGUCAAAUAUCCUCUGCCGUUGUUUUUUCUCAUGGUCAAAACAAAUGUUGAUUAUCAAGUCGUUGCGACAUUUGUCGUACAAGAUGAAAACAUGGAGUCCACAAAGGAAGCGCUUGAGUUGAUCAAAGAAUGGAAUCCUGAUUGGAAACCGAAGGUGUUCAUGGCUGAUAAUGACAGCGAAGAGACUGCUGCUAUUCUUAGCUGUUUUCCAGAUUGCAAAGUUUUACUCAGUGAUUUCCAUCGCGAGCAAGCCUGGCGUUCGUUUUCUCUCGCAAUCCUCCAAUGGUGUUGCAGCGCAUAA